AAAACACUGAUUCUUCUACUCGCGAUGCACUUAUUCUGAAAUGGGAAAAUGUAUCGAUGUAAUUCGAUACGAUAGGAACUUGGAUUUUUUGGUACUAUCGAUUUUUAAAGGAAACACGCUGAUUCUUCUCGUUUUUCUGAAGAAAUCAAAUUUAGACAUGUCUUUCUCAGCUGCAAUCAUCGGUUCUGAAUUUGUAUAUGUUUUUAAUGCAGUUUUCGGCUACGUCGUUUGCAGAUUUUAUACUCCUGAAAUCCACGAUAGUUUUCGUCCCCGGCCGCUGCAUAUGUAAAACUUGCAUGAGCACUGUCGCGGUGGUGCAUUAUUAAAUGUUCGAUAUUUCCGGCCGCGUAACGGGUGGCCGAUUGCAACCGAACCGUGUCGCUUCGUAGGACCGUUACGGGAAGGCAGAAAGAGAGAUUGGCGACCGCGCGCACCGUGUUUACGGGAGCCGCAUUAUUAUUCCAUUCGCUUUGGCCCGGUUCCACGUUCUAAGCGGCGUAUAUAAUUUCUGCGGCGGAGUCACGUGGCCGUGCGUCAGGGCAAACUAAUCAAUGGACAAGCAUCGACCACCGCGCCGACGAGGCUGGUGAUUCAGUUGUGCCACGGAGAUGCACUCGCUCGGUGGUGGCAACCCUCCCGUUUCGUUCUCACCUGCGCCAGGUACAAUCCGGUCUCUGGGACGUGCGAGAGACGGCGGUACAUCCGCUUACGAUAUCGCUCCGAUUUGUGCUCUCGCACCUUGGCAGAAUGCAAGAAUUGUUCUGGAGGAGCUCCUUGAAAAAGAAGAAGCCGCACUCCGCGAUGCGUCGACGUGAUACGUCGCAAUGAAAGUGAUGAUGUCGAUAGCGAAACUCGACGUGUAAUAUAGAUAAAGAAUAAUUGGAAGCAUUAUGAGGUAUAGUAAAGUGGCACGAUGCUAAGCCCGACCCCGCCGAUCGAUCGUCCCAGCCUGCGUCCUGGCACAGGAUACCUCAUCGCGCCACGGGUGCCCCACGGUCUCGCGACCGUGGUCGAAAGUCUCACGAGGGAGGUCCUGCGUCAUCGUCCCGAGGACAUAUACGUCUUCGCGGCCCGCCACUUCGAGAAGCUGCUGAAGCUGCGGGAGGAGUACCACACCGAGGAGUACAGCGAUCGCGCGUUCAAUCAUGAAUUCAGUCGCGAUUUCAACCUGUGGCCUACCAAGGAGACUCGAAAUGUCGGGAAACCUUCGAACGGCGGUUGGUCCUUGGAGAGGGAGAUCGAGAUCUUCGAGAAGCGUGAACAGGUGUCCGCUGACGCGGAGGAGAGUCAGGAGGACGUCUCCACCGAUAGAGAAAAUCGAAAAGCGUCGAAGCAGACACGCUCGAGAAGUCCCGCGACUACGAAGAAAACCUCGAAGAAAUCGAGGGACAACGAGACCACGUCAGACGCUCGCGCGACGAGAAUCAUCUCGCAAAUGACCGCUCUUCACGGCCCCGGCAAGCACAUCCAGACCAAGGAUAUCAAGCAGGAACUUCGAAGGAACAAGCUGAGUGGCGAGAAAUUGAAGGCGACAGAUAGCGUGGAGAGAGGGAUUCGGGGCGACAGGCGAUCUAAAACGAGGGUGGCCAGGAAGGACAAAGAUGCUGGAGAGGAGGUCGAGCGUGUUACAACGACGAGCACGAGUAGAACCUCCGCACGGAGACCGUUGAAGAAGGUGCGCCGAAUUGAGACAGAGUCCGAGACCGAGACGGAACGAGAAGUCGGGAACAAGACGGGACUUGAAAACGGACAUACGAGAUCGACCGUUAAAAAUGACGGUGCGAGCCGCGAAACGAUGGCUCGGACCGGGAGCAAGGAAAGAAGAUUGGAGGCACGACUCUCCGAACAUUCCUCCGAGAGGAAAGUAUCGUCGAGAGCACUUAGCAUGGAUCGCAUCAGGGCGUAUGUGUUGCGCAAAUUCGCGAGCACCGCGAGUCUGGAGGUUCUACGAUCACCCACGUACGUGGAGCAGGUGCAGGAGGUGAUCGAUCGUGCGGCGCCGAUCAUCAAGGAGAAGCUGGAGGAGAUCGGACAACCGCGGGGAAAGCGUUCGAGGUCGGUCGACCUCAACUGGAACAGGGAGUCGUUUCAUCGGCACGUUCGAGAAGAAAAGAGACAUGACAGUCGAGAUGAAGAAGAAAGCGGAGGAGGAAAGAGUGGUGACGGGCUGGAGCAGAAAGCCGAUAUCGUGAGGAAAGAGGAGACCGGAGGUUCUUCCGGGAGGGAUGAAACGACUCUGAACGCGGAGAGAGAGGAGAAGAAAUUGAGGAGGCGCAGCGCGGGAUCGGGCAAAAGGUCGCGGAGGCGCGAGAGUGGCGACUUCGGGGUCGUCGAUCAGGUCGACGACAACUCGAAGUGCAGUAAUCAAUUGGAGCACGAAUCCGGCGCGACGCGUGACACCUUGGAAGCGAGAUUGACUGCCACGCAGAGUAUCCUGGAAGGUAUCUCGAAAUCGACGUCCGAGUUGGGAGGUGCUCGCAGGAGCGAGCUGUCCGCUGGAAGCGACCCGUCGGAAUCGGAGAUUUCUGAUCACGUGAACGGUGUUUCCCUGCCGAUCGUGAGACCACCAUCCUCCAAGAAUUCCAGGAGCGCUACCAAAAACGGUACGGACAGUCUGACGCUGCCGCCUAUUUCACCGGACGCUCCCAAAUCGACGAAGAAGAAGGACGAGCUGUCUCUGCCGAUCCUGCCGACGGCGUCCAGCAAUGGCAACCAUUCCGCCAGGAAACAGGAGCAGGACAUCUCAAAGGACGCGGAGGAGGCCUCGACGAUGCACGACAUUACGAGCGAUAUGGAAGACAUAGCGGUUCUUCCUGAGAACGAAAAUGCUAUCGUAGAUGCGAAGCAGGAACCUGGCAAUGACCAGGAUCUAACAUCGGAUAUAAGGUUUAUCGAUGAAGGAAAACGUAUGAGAGAUAUGGACGGGAUUUUCCCGGAAGAUGCACUAGCGAAGCUCGAUGAGAAACGCGGAAGUCUUGAAGAGUUUGAGGAAUUGGAGGAAUUGGAAGAAGGGAAAAGAUCGGAGGAAGUAUUCAGGGGUAGUUUAAACGUUACAUCGGAAGUGGCGAACGUACCACUAAGGCCAGAUCCGGUAGAACCUGAUGCUGGAGACAAAGUCAAACUUCAAGAUGAUAAUACGAAUUCUGCACGAGAGAACACGUUCGAUAGGUUGAAGGAUAAAUUGAUCGAGAUCGAGAUGGCGGAACGAAGUAUUGAGAAAGCGUUGGCUUGCCAACAGGUCGCGACGUGUGACAUUGGCGAAAUGACGAGCCAAGCGGAAAAGUUGGUGACUAACAGGAAGAUAAAUGAAGCAGGAGAGCCGGCUAAUGAGGCGGAAGAGGCUGUGAGUAAGAUACGAAAGUCGACAGAGGCGGGAAAAACACCGAUAAAUAAAGACAACGAAGAAAAGAAACAGAACAACGACGACGGAAAAAGAACGUCGACAGAUGAUGUAGAAGAGAUAAAAGAUGUAACAGAAAUAUCAAAUAAAAUGGAAGACUUAAAUACAGGAGAAAGAUUAAUAAAUAAAGUAGAAAAAACAGAGAGUAAAAUAAAGGGAUCGAUUAGUGAAACAGGAGAUUCAAGAAAUAAAAUAGAAACAUCAGCGAAUGGAAUUAAAAUAUCGACGACCGAAAAUGAAGCAGAGAAAUUAAAGGAUGAAGCAAAAGUGUCGAAGAAUGGAGUAGAAAAGGCGACCGAUCAAACGGAAGUAGUCACAGAAGCUACAGAAAGUACAACAAAAGCGCUAGAUGAAAGAUCGUUGGAUAAAACUGAAAAAUCGACGAACGAAAAAUUAGCAAAUGGCAUAGAAGAAUUAGCAGUCAAGGUUUAUGUUGAGAAUGUGCAAUCUAUAAAUCCAAAAUUACACAUCAAAGAUUCUCAGAUUACGCAAGUAGUUGAAACAGAUGGCGAUAACACGACGACAUCGAAAAAGGAAGCUAAAAAUGCGGCGAAUGGAGUUUCCAAGGGUACAACUUCCGGAAAUACGGUGGUCGAAAGCGAAUGCUCGAUGUCGAAUCUUCCGAAUAAGAGCGAUAAAACGAAAGCGCGGAAGAAACGCGAGAGCGACAAAUUACCAGCGAUAACGCCUCUCUCUUUGGAGGUCCCGUACUCUUACGUCCUCAGCGAAGGUUCUCCCUGCGAGAUUCCCGAUUCCGUGACAACCGUGAUCUUCCCGGACAGGCCGUGUUCUUCUCCCGUUAUCCUGGAGGAUUACCAGCUGAGAUCAGCGAAUCGAAAAGAGGAGUCACUUGCACGGUUCGAUCUGGUUAAAGAGAUUUCCAAAGACGAAAAACAGGAAAAGCAUCAACAUGGGUACGGUAUGGAGAUUUUCGGAGAAUACAUCCGACCGGAUGCCGCCGUUCUACCCGUCGAUACCGAUUUUAUGCGUGGCGUGAAAGGGAUGAACUCAGACCAGGACAUAACGAUCGUCCAUCAAGACUUGGACAGGAUUAAGGAAGAGGGUGAAGAAGAGGAAGAGAAAGAAGAUGGCGAACGAAAAGAGAUAGGGAGUCAUCAAGAGAAGAAAAGUGAUGAAGAGACGGUAAACGAGGACGAAAUGAAGAAGGCCACGCUGGAAGAUAUCGUGGAGCACGAGGAAAUUGAAGAGACUGAUGUAAGGACAACUGGAUUCAAGGAAGCUGAGAAAAUUUCUUCUUCUGGCGUUCUCGAGUACGAACCCUUGCCUGAUACUAAGGAUGCAAUGAUUGAUACUGGUUUGGCAAACGAAGGAAGAGCAAACGUCACGGUAGAAUUCAUAAGCGCGCCGGAGAAUUCGUCGGAAGAGAGCGGAAGUACGCCGGGUACCCACACGACCACGUCGAGCGACGUGAAGGAGAGUACUGCGAGCAACCGAUCGAUCGAGAGUGCGAGCCCGGGCGGACCGACGGUACCAGAACUAAAUCUGGACUCGCUCCAGGAUAAUACGGUGUCGUCUUUUAAGAUGACGGCAAACGGGACAGAGAAGGAGGACAACGGCAGUCCUAGGGAGAGCGAUGCCACAACGUCCUUGGUUGAGCCGUUGACUUCGGAUGAGAGGCUGGCGAAUCGGCCGACCUUGGCCGAGCGCGAAGAAGAAAUUGCCGCUGAAGAGUUGACAGAGAAAGGUUUGCAAUCGGAGGUUCCGGAGGCCGAUCAAUUGUAUCGCGCGGAACACGAGGAGUACGAAUUGUUGGGGCAAGAUCCGUUGACUACGGAAAUCAACUUGAAAGGUGAAGCGAAGUCUCAGGAGAACACUGGUUUGAAGACUUUAUCGGAAGACGCUGUACAAAUCGGUCCGCUUUUGCAGGAGGACAGGGAGACUGAGGAAUUAGGGAGCGAGGAAGAAAUCGCGAGAGAAUUGAUAGAUCUGCUGGAUAAAGAUAUGCAAGUUCGAGCCGAAAAAAUAGAUUCGAAAAAAGAUAGCGGAGAAUCUGAGAAGAGCAAUUUAGAUUUGGACGAUAAAUCUAAUCAGAUGUUGUCAUCUGUGCAUUCGAUGUCAGUUGAACAAGAAACGAGGGAUUCUUUAGAUAAAAUAGAUGAUGUAAUAAAGAUUGAAGCGACGAGUGAAUUAUCGAGUAACGUGGUCAACCAAGAUAAUAAAGAUAAAAAAAGUGCGAUAAUAAAUAAAGAAGCUGGAGAAAUUAAUUUGGAAGUGGCACAGAAAGCACAUGUAGAAAAUUUGCAAGUUGCACCUUUAGCACAAUUUGAACAGGAAUUAUUGGAAGGAAAUAACAAACUCGAGACGGUUGACGAAAAAAUUGCAGUUCAAAGUACAUCUGAUAUUAGUAAUGCAGAUCAUACCAACAUUCAGGAAACACUUGAAUUAAAACAAGCCAAUGUUGAAAAAGUUCCCGAGAGCCAAAGCAACGAUAGCAAAAUUGAAGAACCAAAUAAAAAGCUGCAAGCAGAUGAAGAAGAAUUGCAAGGUCAGAAAAAACGCGAACAAGAAAAAUUAGAAGCACACGAGGAAUGCAAGCAAGAAAAAUCAGAAACACACGAGGAAUGUAAGCAAGAAAGAUUGAACGUUCAAGAAGAGGUGCAAGAGGAAUUAAAAAGUCAAGGUAAAAGUGAUGAAGAAAGUGUAAAGGUGAUGGAGAAAAUCGUAGAUGUGACAGCAGUGCCUCUGGAAAUAACAGAAUCCAGGAAAGACUCGAUGACCGAGUCGAUAAAAUACGAUAACGAGCACGAAGAGACUAAACCAAGUACGAGCAAUGAAUCCACUGACGAUCGGGCAGGAAAAGAUGCAGAAAGUGAGAAGGACGAGAAAACUGAAGAUCUUUCAGGAAGGGUAGAGAGUGUUCACGGGCCAAUUACAAGCGCAAUAUCUGAGCAAUCGACGGAAGAUCGUUCUCGUUUCGGACAUUGGAUCACGGAAACUAAAUCGUCGACCGUGGAAACGGUAAUCGAAGCAUCCGAAUCUAACACGAGUUUGGACGAGAAGAUGAAGAUUGUUGCUGAUGCGCCAGAAAUCAUCGCGAACGAAUCGCUUAUUCGGGAGAAAGACGAUUUUCACUCUGCAGUUGUAAAAAUUCAAGCUUGUAUCCGAGGAUUUUUAACGCGUCGACGUGUACGAAGAAACUUGAAAUCCGAAUUUGUUUCGAACGUUCCAUCAGCGCAGAAGAUAGUUACGAGCGAUCGUCUAGCGGUACCGCAGGAUACUUUGAGUCUGCGAGAAGCCAGACGUCUUCGGCGAGAGGAAGCUUUACGGAAUACGACACUCUCGUUGGAGAACGCCUUCGCGUCAGGUCGGCUUCAACAUACCGGCGAGUUUCACGAUUCUGUGCCGUCGCUUCCUUUCGAUUUGGCGAAUAAUAAGCCCAGCUCAGUCACCUCGAACGAUUCGUUGGAUGAAGAGAUCGAUACAAGUGAAGCUGAUCCACCUGACAUCACCAAAUCUAACGCCGACAAGAGUGAUCCCGUUCGCGACAGCAAACACGGGACGAGUUUCCACAAAGGCAACGCCUUCGUUGAUCCCACCUUUCCGAUCAUGAUGCACUUGCUGACGGGCGCGUCCCGUAAUUGCCACUUCUCGGUCGGCCAAAAUCCCCCUUCCGAUUUUAAUACAAGUACUGGAGGAGCGACGCCCAUGGAGCCGGCCGUGGACAUUCUGAUGCUGGGCUAUCCGAGAGACGACGAGAAUCAAUACUUGAAAUUUAUAACCAGCGUCGAGGAUUUGGGCUCCAACAUGAACUCCUUGACUCUGGACAAUACGAUGAAGAGUACGAAGAACCCCGACGACGCUCAUCCCUCGACAACUUCUGGCGAAGGGAGCCUCAGGGAGCCCUUGGCCCUUCCGGGCGUUUCUCAGGGUGUCGUGAUCGAGGAGGUAACCAGCUUAGACGAGCUCGCCCCAUCGGAGUCAACGAAACCAUCGACCGCGCCGAAGACCUCGCUGGAUACAAAUAGCUCGAUGCCAUCCGAGGAAUGUACCCCCGAGGACGCGAAGAAUGAUUUAGGGAUGUCACCGAGGACCGCGAGUGCGACGGGAGACCGGAAACAAGGAGCUGAGGGACAAGAAUCCAAUCGCGACUCUGAGGGCAUCGACGAGAGCGAUUUGCGUAGCGAGGAUGCGAAUGAGAGAUCUAACGAGACACCUCGCGACAAUCGCGAACACGUGGAAGAAGAGAAGGACGAUAAGACGUGAAUCAUAUUCGUAAUCGUAGAAACGCGUGGGCUGAUGCGAAACAGGGCCAGGAGUUACAAUUUGUAUUGUUCGAUCAAUUGGUUCCUCCGAUUAGGAUCGUCGUUUACGCGCGAGACAAUGAUCGCUAUAAUCUCAUUGCACACUAGGAUAUUUUUACAAGAGGCACUUGCGUUUUGUAUUCUUGUAGGAUCUGGAGUGCCUGAUUUUUAACUCGUUUAGAGACAGACAGGCGGCACGAGAAGGGUAUCUCUCAGGAAUAGUAUUAGUGUACACGGAGAGAAGUGACACGCGUAGAGUUUAGUUAUUAAUUUCCAUCGACGGAAGUGCAACGCGAGUUUCCGCAGUUUCUUUUUUUUACGCGACACGAGGACCGGUUUCUCCCCGCUUUUGACAUGGCGCUUGAAGAUAUAUCUUUGUAUAUGCAGAAAACGGCAAAUAAAUUGCAUAUAUAAGAUAA